AUGUCGCCCUAUGCAGAGCAAGUGCUGAUUUGUACGGGACAAGGCGAUUGGACGUCAAAGAUUGAAGAGGAGAGCUCCGGGGACAAUUUGGCUGCCGAUAUCAAAGGACUGCUUGGACGAGGUGGGAUUUACGCCGAUCCGUACCAUAAUGUGACAGUCUUGAACUCCUCAUUUCCUCCCACGGGCCCGCGAACGACUGAGAUAGUCAACAGAUCUGCAUAUAUUCUUCCGUCCUUUAAAUACGUACCAUUCAUACGACAUGGUUCUUUCGAUGCUGUCCAAGCUCUUGUGAAGGGGUAUCUUCUACCUACGAAACUCAGCUUCGCACAUGAUCAUCUCAGUCCUAUACAUAGGGAUCGACUGUUAAGAAAGAAGGAAUAUACUAGUAUGCUCGACGGGGUGCAGGAUGUGAAGGAUGUCCUCGUAUUGAUCUGUGGCCAUGGAACAAGGGACCAGCGGUGCGGAAUUAUGGGGCCAGUGCUUCAGGGUGAAUUUGAGAAGGGUUUAGAAAUGCACAAUCUGAGGGUAAAGAAGGAUGCUGUGGGUAUUGAACGGCCGACAUACGAGGAAAAACGAUCGCUAGAAGAGCCGAAAAUCGAGGAACAAGUUGGAGGGGCUGCGCGAGUAGGGUUGAUAAGCCAUAUGGGAGGGCACAAGUUUGCUGGGAAUGUGAUUCUGUAUCUCCCACCCGGGAUGAAGACAGUCGAAGGGGACGAACACCCACUCGGAGGAUGUGGAAUUUGGUACGGCAGGGUCGAGCCCAAACAUGUAGAUGGAAUUGUGAAAGAGACUAUACAGGGAGGCAAGGUUAUCGAGGAUCUAUUUAGAGGGGGAAUUAGACAGAACGGCGAGAUUUUACGACUUUGA